AUGGACGGCUUCCGGAAUCCGCGCGGAGGCGGGCGCUCGCAACUUCACAAGGCACCAACUCCACAAUCAUUGCAUCCAUCGGUCCCUCGUUGUUCUCUAGGUUCGUCGUUACUACCAACCAUUGCCGCGCGAUCCUUGCUGGACUAUCAAUCCUCUUGCAAGUCACCCUCGGCUCCCCAGCACCUAUUCCCGCAGGUCAAGAAGAACCAGCACCAAGAAGAAUCAGGUGUGGUGUUCCUGGCGAAGGAGCCCCAUCGCCACCUGGCGGCGGAACUCCCACUGAACGCCCAUGCAAUUGUUGCCGUAACGGAUAUUGCUGUGAUGGGCGCUGAGAAGAUCUCAUAA